AAACCCAAAUCCCAAAAAUAUUCAUUGUCCAUACUCAGCUGUCAGCUUACCUAAUUCCGCCCCUUCCAUUCAUACGAGAGAGAGUAGGGACAAACAAACGCCACAACCACCAGCAUCAGCCGCAACCGCCGCCGCAGGAAGGACAAUAAGUACUAUGCGAUAAUGGACAGUCAGGAUCUUUCCCCACCAUCACACAUGGAUGCAUCUCGACCCUCCCUCGGUUUCCCUCUCGGCACUGCUCUCCUCUUAAUCAUCAUUUUCAGCUUGAGUGGCUUCUUCUCUUGCUGCUACCACUGGGGCAAAUUUAGAUCCCUCCGUCGAUCUUUCACCGACGCCGCCGCAGUUCCCGAUGACGAUAUCGAAGCAUCCCCCUCCAAACCUAAGCCUAACUGCAUGGAUUUAAAGAGAAACCAGAGCGAAAGCUUGCCUGUUUUAAUGCCUGGAGAUGAGAUUCCAAAGUUCAUAGCAUUGCCAUGUCCAUGUGAACCUCCACGAGAAGCUAAGGUUGUAAUAGAAGUGCAGAAGACACCCAAAUCACCUCGUUUUCCAGUUCCUUUGUAUUAGCAAAUUUGAUUGUUGUAAAUAUUGAAUCCCACUGUAGAUUGAUUGUUCAAUUUGUAUAGUGUUCACUGUUUACAGUUUUUCUUGCAA